AAAAUGAAUCUCAUCGUGUUAUUUUUGAUGUUUUCGUUACGCGGAGAACUUAGAACACACGUGGAAGAGUGAACGAAUACGGAACAACAAGUUCACAGAGUAAAUCAACCGAAUGUUUUCCGAGUCUCUUAAAUUAAGAACAUGUCACGUCGAAAUCGAAAGGAUAACGGACUCACACCCGUGCCUAUCAUGUGACGUCUGGUGUCUGGUACUCCUAAUCUAAAUGGUUAGGCACAGGCACACCAGUGACAUCGAUCGCAGAAGAGCAGUACUAAAAUUCGAUUUUUAAAUUCCUUUUUUCUGAAAUGCAUCGAACAUCGAACAUCGAACGAUAUUUAUUUCUGUGAAUUACCGAGUUAAUUCGAUCGUAAAAUAAACCGAAUCCGUCGCGUUCCGCAGCUAUGCACGCAAGAUGUCUAAUAGCAGAAUAGUAGCUGCCAUAGUACCGUAUCGAGCGUAGAUCGAAGCUACUUAAAUCGCUCGACUAAUUAAUUAGCAGUUAAAUUAGCCAUUAGAGGAUUCACAACGAUUUACCGAGAUUGUUCUGCUUCGACGAUUCUUUACAAGCUCGUCAACGUAACCUUUCUAUUUACCGUUUAAACAAUACGUUUAUCUCGUUGGUGCACGAAAUUCCACGAAUUCUUCAAAGUAGCUUACGAUGGUGGAACAUCGGAGCCGUUCGCGACCCGUUUCAAGGAGUCGUCGGCGAACGGCGACAGAGAAGGAAUGAUAAAGGUCCUCAUGGACGUACCGUGCAUAAAGCACACAAAAGUUGCCGAAUCGUACAGGGGUAAGGACGACGUUAAGGCGGCCGAGGUUUACUCUAAGACACGCAGGUCGCCGGCCGCUGCGAACGGCGAACAGGGAAAUAGAGCCAGCGACUUCGCCGAAACACUGUUUACGGCCAGUGCGACCAGUAGAUUGUUCCUGGAGGUUUUGCACGAUUGUGCCCGGAGUUGCUACGACUCGGGGGCUUUCGCGAGCUGCCUGAGAUACUGCGAGUGCAUGCUUGCGCUUCCUGCGAGCUUCUACGAUAGAACCGUCGAGAGCAUGACCGAUUUCACAGAGCGUAGGGAAGCGUGCAUGUAUUUGGAGAGCGAGUGCUCCAAGAUGCUGAAGCGGUCGUCCUCCGCAAGCACGAGGAAAAAACGUGUCCCGGACAAGAGCGUCCUUCCAUCGGAGGAGGAACGCGUUCCAACGAUAUCCGUCGUCGACGGGAAACGGAACGCUGUUCUGCAAAGCUGCUCCGACGCGGUGGCCUUGGGAUUCGACGAGAAGAAAGGCCGACGUCUCGUGGCCACCAGAAACAUCAAGGCCGGGAGCAUCCUGAUCGUGGAGCCGCCGUUCGCCUCCGCUACGAACAAGCAUGCGUUUUAUACGAAUUGCUUGCAUUGCCACGUUAGCCUAAAACCGGCUGGCAGCGUAAAGAUCCCCUGUCGGUCUUGUCGAGCGGUGUCUUUCUGUUCGGAAACGUGCCGGAGUAAAGCGUGGCAGACGUAUCAUCGGUACGAGUGUCUGUUGCUAGAUGCUUUUUACGAAAAUCGUUCCGGGGACAUGCAACAGCAACAACAACAACAGGUCUCGCAUUUAUUACUGGCUUACAGGAUGGCGAUCGCAGGGUCCUUGUCCUCGAAAGGGACCGGGAACGACGACGACGAUGCACGGGAUGAUGAGAUUCCGUUUUUGAACGACGACUCGAUUAGACGUCACGCCGCGGGAGAGAACGAGGAACGCAACCGGUUGGGAAUAAGCGAGAUUUACCGAUCCCAGGAUUAUCGCACCGUGUUAGCUUUGGAGACGCAUUGCGCGACGAUGGAGUCCGGCGUGAACCUGGUUCGCGCCAUCGAAGCGAUCUUCUUGACCAAGUGCUUCGCCUUUGUCUUGAGUAAAAUGGACGUUGUCUGUUUAGAGGAGGCCUUGCUCUGGCUGGCCGUAGGAAUGCUGCACCAUUUACAGGCUAUCAACUGCAACGCUUACGAGAUCGUGGAGAACGUGUACGACAAGGAGACACACAUUUGGGAGCCGAGAGAGAUCGGCGGAGCGAUUUAUCCGUCGGUCAGCCUCGUGAAUCACAGCUGUUAUCCGAACGUCGUGCGUCAUUCGUAUCCAGCAGGCACGAUCGUGGUGAGAACGUUGCGGUUCAUCGGCAAAGGUAGCGAGAUCCUAGACUGCUACGGGCCGCAUUUCCUCAGCGAGUCGAGGCUACAAAGGCGCGAGCAGCUGAGCAAGAAGUACCGAUUUCUCUGCGAAUGCGAAGCGUGCGCCGGAAACUGGCAGUUUCCGUUACCCGAUACGAUCGCUUACAAAUGCGGCACGUGCUCGGCGGCGAUCGGUAUAAUUUCGUUGAGUUCGAACGAACGGAACGGAAAGGACGGAGAAGGCAGCCGGAACGCGUCGUCGUCCGGGCAACGUUGCAAAUGCAAGGAGAAACCAGAUCGCAAGAAAUUGCACGCGCAACUCCGGAAAUCGGUUGGCAAACGAUUGAACGCGAUCUCGAGCAUGUACGAGGGCCACUAUGCACAGGCUCUGGCCCAGUUGUUCGAGCACAUACACUUUAUUGAAAAGUUCUUUGUCGCGCCCAACAUCGAAACUAUCAAAACACAACAAUGUAUCAUUCAAUGUUACAAUCGGUUUGGCUGUACCUCCCAAUAACAAUAAGUCAACAAUCAUAUGUAUAUAUGGAUACACGUGCUCGUAUAUAUGUAUAUAUACAUAAUAAUAAUAAUAUUGUAUGCCGGUACAUAAGUUUGGGAUUUAUAUCACAAAGUGUUUAAGAAACGAACAGAAUUUUUA